AACCAAUGGUUUGCCUCGCCGCCCGCGGCACCGCCUCAGAUUAGACACAUAUGAUGUUACAGCCAAAUUAACCUCUAUAUCGAAAUCAAAUGAGGAAGAGAGAAGCGCUUUAGACAGAGCACGAGCCAUACUGUUUCUAUAGGCUCUCGCGUGAUCAAACAUUGCCUGAGAGAGCGUCGCGAGCGGCUUGUUUUCACGGGGAAAUCAGGAAUGUUCCUUCCGCUUCCCAAGGAAAAAAAAAACUGAACGGAAGUUAAACUGGUAGGCCCCUUAUUGUGGGGGUCAUCUUCCCCUUAGCUGUCUGCUGGUGUCCAUCGAGUACAAAACCAACACUUCUGGUUUCCUGAAACCCUGUCUUCUGGAUCAAGUUCACAGAAAGUGGUGUGAUCUGUUUUGGGCUGUGGAGGGAAGUGAAAGGGGCCAGAAUCCCAGCGUGUCCUGUUUCCCAGGCAAUGAAGCUGCAGGCGGUGAUGGAGAACCUGCACAGACAGCAGAGAGCCAAACUGCUGAUGGAGCAGGCGGGGCAGUCUCACAGCCCCGCCCCCAUAGGGGAGGAGCUGAAAGCAGUCUCCGCCUCUGAACCCGAGCAUGCGCAGAUGGCGGCGCUGGCAGCAAUGCGUGCAGUAGCUGCUGGACUUCAGAGGGCCGACAGUCCCAUGUCUGACCACAGCAGUGGAGGAGAUGAGGAUGAAGAGGAGGAUGAAGAGGAAGGGGAGGAGCAAUACAAAGAUAUGAUGGGGUCUGAGGAGGAAGAGCAGCUAAAACAGAAAUGGGAUGAAGAUGACUUUGAGGGUGAGAUGGAGGAAGAUUAUGAUGAUGAUCUAGGUGAUGAAGGGCUGCCGUCGGGCCGUGAGGCCGUCACCCCCGGCAGAGGCAUCCUCCUCUUACCCCACCGUCAUUUACACCCUCACUCCCAGCUGCUGAAGGCUCGGCCUGGCUCUGAGAGCGAAGCACGGCCGCUGACUCACUCCGCUCAUUCAUCCCACGGGCCGCUCCAUGGACAGGACCAUGCAGACUGGACCUAUGAGGAGCAGUUCAGACAGCUCUAUGAACUAGACGGCGACCCGAAGAGGAAGGAGUUCCUGGAUAAUCUGUUCAGCUUUAUGCAGAAGAGAGGGACGCCAGUGAACAGGAUUCCCAUCAUGGCCAAGCAGGUGCUGGACCUCUACAUGCUGUACCAGCUGGUGACAGAGAAGGGGGGGCUGGUGGAGGUCAUUAAUAAAAAGUUGUGGAGAGAGAUCACGAAGGGCCUGAACUUGCCGACCUCCAUCACCAGCGCUGCCUUCACUCUCAGAACACAGUAUAUGAAGUAUCUGUAUCCUUACGAAUGUGAGAAGAGGGGUCUCAGCAACCCCAACGAGCUGCAGGCGGCCAUCGACAGUAACCGGCGAGAGGGACGCAGACACAGCUUUGGCAGCUCGCUCUUCGCCUACUCGCCCAACGGGACACCCACAAUGCUCUCCUCUCCCAAACUCUCCAUGCCACCCAUGGGCAUCGCCCUGCCCAGCAACGGAGCCUCGGCCUCAUCCUUACAGAGAAUUAAGAAAGAGGAUGACGGCGUUCAGGCCCGUCUGCCGGUGUCUCUGGCCACUCAUUCAGUAGCUGCGGCUCAGGCUGCAGCUGCGCAGGCGGCCACCAUCGCACAGGUAGCUGCGCUGGAGCAGCUGCGGGACAAGCUGGAGUCCGGCGAGCCCCCGGAGAAGAAGAUUGCACUACCACUGGAGGACCACCAGCGGCUACUGCAGAGAGCCCUUCAGCACAACCUGCUGGCCAUGACGGCACAGAUCCCCAUGAACAUCCGCAUCAACAACCAAGAAAGCAGGCAGGACUCCACCAUGAACCUGAACAGCAAUGGCCUAAACAGCAUCAGCAUGUCUGUGGAGCUCAAUGGAGUCGUCUACACCGGUGUUCUCUUCGCCCAGACCGCGGCGCCGAGCUCAUCCAACAAAUCUUCUGCAGGCAACAGCGGGCCUCAAUCAGCUCACCACACACCUACCUCAUCCUCCUCCAACAGCCAAUCGCCUUAACACCUCAGACUCUUCCUCAGUGCAAAACCAAAGCCAAAAAACCUCAGUUACUAUACAAGAUAUGCCAAAAAAAAAACAGUGCAGGAAUAACUGAAUCGUUCUCAACUUGAAGUACACUAGCUCAGGUCUUUUAUUUACACUCUCCUUUAUUCAGGAGUCAAAGAAAAUCUAAAAUAACAACAGAGUUUAUUAUAAAGAUAAUGAUGUAUAUGCAAAACCUGUGAAUAAUUUAUUUCUCUUUUCUGUGAGCACACUCUCUGGCGUUGACAAGGCAGUAGGAUUCUGCUUUUUAGGGUUUUAAGGUCUCUGACUGACAAAAGCUUUUCGUCUAGAAGCAAAACCGUAACAAUAGUAUUGUUGUUAUAAGGUGUGAUGCGAACAGCUUAGUCAUCUGAACUAAUAAUAUAUUGUAGAUUUGAGUUUCUCUGUGUAUGUAUCUGCAGUGCCUUGUGAAGGUUUUUCCUUCGCGGUUUGAAAGUGCUGUUGACAGGCCAACGUCUUCAGCGCAAACACAAUACAAAGUGCGUUAUUGUCAGAAGUUCUGCUGUUUUUUUUUUUUUUUUUUUUCUUGGUUCUCCGAGCUUUAUAUCAGAAGCUCUUAUAUAUCACACCAACAUCAUCUUCUGUUUCCAACAGAAGAAAUGAAUACAAGUUUAGACAGAAUGCUCAUUUUUGGGUGAGCGGUCUCUUUAAGGAGCUGAUUCACGCAUGCAUUUGUAGACGCGUUCAUAACCUUUGCAUCUUCACGACUGCUGGCAGACUCGGGACGUCACGUUCUCCAUGAGUCCGAACGUCUCUCAGAUCAGCAGUUUGGCUGAAAAUAAUUACAGUUCGACUCCAAGCAUGACAGUGUAAUAGGUUGAUUUUAAGAUCUGAACAAACAAAUCAUCUUGUGUUUGAAUACUACACUAACUGGAGAUCUUUAGUUUGGCGUUUCAGCUUAAUCUAAUGCAGUUUUGAGGGGUCCAGCAAUGCAACCGUUUCUAGUUAUGUGCAGCACAAAUCAGAGGAAACCCUCAUUGCAGUGGCACGUUUCGAAAAGUGUCUUUUGAGAAACAUUUGGGGGGAAAAAAUCUCCUCUGAAGGGAUUUAAAGGAUAUGGCUUCCUGUGUUUAACAGAUCGACCCCUUCAAGGUUGUUUUAAAUCGUCUCAUCGACUCUUCCUGGUCAGUCUUUAAUCGGCAUGUAGCUAGUUAAUGAAUUAUGUCAAGCUCUUCUAGCAUUACACUGUAUGCAAGAUGAAAAUACACACUUGUUAGGUAUCGGGAGGUGAAAUGUUCAACUACUGUCUUAUUAUUCGCUCAUAAGAAGUCGAAUCAUUAUUUUAAUAAGCGAGAGAUGCUCCAGGCUUUAUGGAAAUAUUAUAUUUUGAUCUUGCAGGUACAACUUGAGAGUGACUUGAAGUUAAAUGCCUCGCUCCCUCAUUAGUGAUCGAGCUUGCAGCCUUUGCUGUCGCAGCCGAGAUCCUCAACCGACAAACUGUUAAAGCAUAUAACUCUUUACUAUUCAGUUGCUGUACAGUAAACAGUCUAGAAAGUCUUUCCGUUUCUGUCUGUAUUGUACAAUAUUGUAGUUUUUUUCCUGUUUAGAAAAUGAAACCUCAUUUUAACACACUUCAGAGUCAUAACUGCCACAAUCUCUACCUCAAAAACUCAUUUAUCAGCAAAUAUCUGUUUGCAAGCUUUUCAUAUUCAUCACUUUUCACAUGGAUCUACCGGCUGUGAGGAAGAACAGGACAUAUAUAUAUCUACUUUCUUUCUUUGACUUCUUGAUGUAUUAGACGUCGCAUCCAGCCCCUUUUUGCUUGAAACUGUUAAAACAACACGUUUUUCUUCAAUGCAUAUCAGUUUCAUCUGCAAGCCCUCCUUCUACAAUCAAAUCCCUUAAUUUCUAAGUGACACAUUGAUGUACAACAGUAGAUCUUUAUUGUAAUGACCUUUCCCUAGUGUGUUUUCUUUUGUUUUACGAGGAAACGAUACUGUUACCACAAAGAGUAAGACAGAUACACAUAACACCCUUUUCAAGCUGUUGGUAUCCUGGUCUGUUUUUACUCCGCUGUAUGCCUUAACAUAUGCAAAUUUGAAAAUAGCAUGCUAUUGUACUCCACUUUAUUGCAAGGACAACCAAAUUGCUGUACAAUAAACCUUUCGCUGUUAUUGCA